AAGAGAAUAUAAUGUUUCCAUCAGGCUCUUGCCUUGGCAACAACCUGCAGCCGCAAAGCGAGUUUAAGUCUCUGAGAGGAAGAGUGGUGACAGCUAUCGUUUCGCUGUGUACUGUAAUGUGUGAGAUUCUACCCUGAGAACCCUGGAGGUGGCAUUUGUCUGGUCUGGUUGUAAAUAAUGAGAUAGAUCACAAUGGAUUUCAGUUCCUCAUCCGUGUUUGACCAGCACAAAGCUGAUGCAGCAGAAGAGAUGGACUUGGCUGUGGUUUACCAAGCGGCAGCUAACGGCGAUGUGAACACCCUGACUGCAGUGAUCCGAGAGGAUCCUUCCAUCCUGGAGUCUUGUGACAGAGAGGGUUGCACACCUUUGAUGCAUGCUGUGUCAGGACGCCAGGUUGACACAGUGAAGCUUCUGUUGAAGAUGGGAGCUAAUAUUAAUACUCAAGAUGCUUGUGGACGUACCAGUUUAUCUCUGGCAACUUAUUUGGGCUGGCUGGAAGGCUGUGUCAGCCUGCUCAGGAAUGGUGCUAAGCAGAACAUACCUGACAAGAACGGGAGGUUGCCACUACACGCUGCCACCGCAGAGCCUGACGUCAGGCUUCUGAGCUUGCUUCUGCAGCAGUCAAAUCUUAGUGAAAUUAAUCACCAGGACAAUGAGGGAAUGACUUCACUCCACUGGGCUGCGUUUCACAACAGACCUCAGCACACCCAGACUCUGCUGCACAAGGGAGCAGACCCGACUCUGGUGGACAAGGACUUCAAAACAGCUCUGCACUGGGCAGUACAGAGUGGCAACAGGAUUCUGUGUUCCAUCAUUCUGGACCACUGGCAGGGACCAUCAAUAAUAAAUUAUGAUGAUGAGGAUGGCAAAACAUGCAUGCACAUUGCUGCUGCUGCAGGCUACAGUGAUAUCAUCAGUGAGCUGGCUAAAGUCCCGAAGUGCAACCUGCAGGCCCUUGAUGUGGAUGACAGGACUCCUUUGCACUGGGCUGCAGCAGCAGGGAAAGCUGACUGUGUGCAGGCACUGCUGGAACUGGGGAUAGACAGCAGCCCUCGAGACAUCAAUGAAAACACUCCUCUGACAUACGCAAUAUACUGUGGGCACACGGCAUGCAUUAAGCUGCUGACUCAGGAGAGCAGUAGAUCUGAGUUAGUUCAUCAGUUUCACUCCCAGAACAACAGACUUACAAAGAAAGAAGGACGAUUCAGUAUGCUGAACCAGAUCUUCCCUUGCAAAAAGAAGAAAGAUGAUCAGAAAACCAGCCAGAAGGAGAGAAGCAGGGAUCAAUAUCCUGGAGAAGAGACCUCAGAAGUAGAUGAUAUCAUCGCCCGUUUUGAUUGCAUUAUGAAUAAAAAUUGCAAAGACGUUCCAGAUGAGUGUAAGACCACCCCUGACUUUAAAAGAAAGAGCACAGACACUAAGUACCUCACAGCAGAAAAGAAGAAAUCAGUAUGUCAGGGACUUCCACCCAUCACCACCCAGAGCUUCCCCCCAAUUACUGCAGGCAAUUCCUUCCUAACUGCUUCCCAGAGCAAAAUGUCAAGGUUCUCCUCCAGCUCCAGCACCCACCAUUUUCCACACAAAUCUCAAAAGAGUAGGAGUGAGCACAACUUGCUGGACAACACAGACAGCUGCCAGGCUUUGCUGGAUGAUCCCUGGAACACAGAUUCUAACCAAAGGCUCUCUUUCAAAGUCUGUACUAGGACUUCUUCAGACAAACUGAUGAAUGGCUUGAACUCUGAUAGAUCUCACCAUGUGCUUUUGUGCCCUCCCUGCCUUCCCUCACUUCCCAGUUCUCCAUCAGGUAGAAGUUUUCGACAGAUGUCCAUAGACCAACACAAAAUGAAAAAUGUUAUUCCUGUACAGAGCAGCCUAGCUCCAAUACCCAACCAUAGUGCUCACAAAAUUCAGCUGCCAUCUCAGGAUGCUAAGAAGUUUAAGUCCCUACGGACUGGUGCAGCUAUUCUCCCACCAGCUCCAGUCUCCAGAUCUCUGAAAACAGGACAUUCUCAGAGUCAAAUCCUCUAUUCUCUUUUGCCUGGUCUAUCUGGAGAGCAUCUAAAACCAAGCUGCAUCCUGCCUGCUAUCCCAAACCAGAAGAAAUCUAAUCCUGAAGAGGAUCUUGAAAAACCACUCACCAAAUCAGAUGCUGAAAAUUAAUUCAUUACAGUGGCCUAAAUUAGUUGAAAUAUGUCCAAGUGGCUGUUAAAAGACAACUUUACAGCUAAAUCUCAUUAAUGUGCACUAAUGAUACUGUUGUGAUCUGGAGCAUAGCAAAAACCAAGAUAAGACAGCGCAUAACAAAAGCUGCACUGUGUGUGUAUAUAUAUGCAUUUGCAUUAUAGUUUUCAUGUAUGAUGAAACUACUUAAUCAGCAUUUAAUGUGCAGUAAAUUUAUGUUGUGAAUGGAACCCUCAUAACAUGAUUUUGUUACAGCAAUGUGCUGUUAAGAGUUUCAUAGACAAAAGGAACAAAGAGUAAGGUUUUCUGCAUGA